GCUAUCCCGAUAUGGCGGUUGUUGUGGAUCAUCAAUUGUACACUCAUCAACUUCGGCGUAACAUCACCAUCGAAAAGAUAGAAGCUCAUACAGCGACAUAUUACGUAUUAUUUUAUUUAUUUGACCACCGACGUACUACUAACGAGACUAGAAUUCGCCGGUCGACAUGUCUUCUGGCGACCUUUCCGUCCCUAAAUGGGUUGUCGACCUUAAAAGUCCGCCUGCGCCUAGGCCGAACGCCGGCAGCAUACCCGAUCCGCCUGGCUACCCGACUACAGUAUCAAGGAAACAAGCGAAAGAAACCAAAGCUCAACCGCGAAAACAACCCACCCCCGAAGAAAUGGACACGUUGAAGCUGAAGAAGGCUUGGGAAGUGGCACUCGCCCCCGUCAAGAAUCUGCCCAUGACUGCCAUCAUGAUGUACAUGUCGGGAAACUCGCUGCAGAUUUUCAGCAUAAUGAUGGUUUUCAUGGCUUUUAAGAACCCCAUCAUGGGCAUCAUCACGACGAAUCAGGCAUUCGAAAGAUUUGAGAGCGAUAGUAACAAGACGAAGAUAAUACAGGCGAAGCUAGCCUAUGUCGCUAUGCAGAUGGUGGCUUUGGCUGUUGGAGUGUGGAAAGUUAAUGCGAUGGGGCUGUUGCCAACUACCAGAUCUGACUGGCUGGCUUGGGAAGCCCAACGAGAACCUCUAGAACUCGCAGUCUCUGCAUUAUAAAAUUACAAUCAUUAAUUAAUAUAUCCCUUAUUAGACCAUUUCUUCUAUUUCUCGCCAACUCCUGCCCCUUAUUUUGUCUUCUCUAUCCCGAUCCCGA